UUUAUAAAAUAUAUGAAAGCGUACGACAGUACAAUCUGUUUUAAGGUCCGUGUACACGUUAAAAUUUCUUUGUUAAAUUCGUCGUCUGAUUUCCACGCGAUUGUCAAACAAACGUGCAAAUGUACCAGCCCAGUUUGUCAACAAAAUCUCACGGUUGAAGCAGCGCAGUGAAAUUUUGAGAACAUAUGUAAUGGGAAAUAUCUACCAAUGCAGCCAAAGCAUUUCUUUCAGGGAAUUGAAAUUUGCUGACACGCCACUUGGAGCGCUGCAAGUUUUGUCAUGUCGAUUUGUUAUUGGUUGAUAUAUUGUAAGCAUUUCAAUAUUUGUUUUUGCUGCGUUCAUAACAGCUGACAGCAGUUUAUACACCACGGACAGGGGCAAAUUUGCUAAUGUGAACUGCUUCUUGUGUGUAUCGUCUUUAUUAAAUUGCCUUUUAAGUGUGUUGCAGAUAUUCUGCUAAUUUUUUAAAUGCACGAUGUUGAGUGAUGUAAAUAAUUCUUAUGUUUAUGUUUGUUUCGUUUUUGGAGUCGCAUGUAUUUGUUCCUGAUGACGAAGACGUGUGUGUGUGUAUUUCUCGAAUUAAUUGUGUUGUUUUACAGAAUUGGAAUCCAACUUAAUUACGUCUUGUCACCGAAUGAAAUUUUUGAUUAUAAUAACAGACAAGUGAAGAUGGAUCAUACGGGAAAGAAAAAUUCUGGUUUAAGAUUGAAAUACUCAUGUAAGUUUCCUGGAUGUAGAAGUGGUUAUUUUUCAAAUAUAAACACAAGCAUAAAACAUCAAAAUAGACAUUUUUACAAAUUCCCAGCUCCAUCAAAGAGUGAGCUGCUAAAACAGUGGAAACUAAUUUGUAAUAUAGCUGAAGACAUUGACUGUGGUUCUUAUUCUGUGUGUGAAAAUCAUUUUUUCCAAGCCGAUUUUGUAAACUUCUCUCGGCAUAGGUUAAAUCGUGGGGUUAUUCCGAAGCAUACGGAAUUGGUGUUAUACCACACGGAAACUACAGUGACUGGAGAGGCAUCUGUCAUUUUGCCACCUAUUAAAAGAGAAAAUGAUGAGGAAACUGCUUUUCAUGAAACUGCUCCCCAGAAGACACAGUUAAAAACUAAAUUACAGGUCCUCGUAAAUCGCGUAGAUUCGUUGGAUAUGGAAACAGUGGGUACACUGGAAAAAGAAGUGGACCAUUGGCUGUCACGCACUAAUUCUGGUUUCAGUAGGGAAGGUGCGCAUUGUGCUAGCAAAGGAAAAGUGAAAGUGCAGGAAAUACCUGAUCAGAUUAAAAUCCAUAUAAAGAGCAUUAUAAGAAAACCAACUCUUGCUGAGAAGUCUAUUGUUGCAGAUCAAAUGAUGCAAUCUGACAGUGAUGUGUUGACUGUGCAUGUUGAUUCUGACCAUACAUACUGUAACAGUUGUUCUGAUCACACAUACUGUAAUAGUUGUUCUGAUCACACUUAUUGUAUAAAUAAAAACUGACUUUAUCUGUCCUCAGUUCUUGUGCAUGCAUGUGUGUGUAUCACGGUUUAUAGGCCUACUGGGGAAACUCGCCAUAAAAA